AUAUGUUUGUCUUGUACAGAAGUCAUAGGCAGAGGACCUGGCCCUCCCACAGCUCCAUAAAGUCACCGUCUACACAGAGCUGCACCAGGUCUUCCAACAAGCACACCUCAUCAUCCUCCUGGAUGACAGUUGGCCUGAGGACAGAGAGGGUGGAGGGGAGGACGAGGAAGAAGGCAAGGUUUGUAGUUUGAAUGGCUCGUGGGUUAGUUAGAGCACGGUGCAAGCAACACCAGGGUUGUGGGUUGGAUUCUUGUAUCAUCCACUCCACAUACGCUGAACAUGUGUCUCUGACUGUCAGUGUUGACAGUUCUUUAAGUUGCUUUGGAUACAAAUGUCUGCUAAAUGAACAUAUUAUUUUUAAGGUGAGAAAGGUGUCGGAACGUUCCCAACAGUAUGGGAGCCUCAUCGACGAAAGGGUGCACAUGAACGUGGCGGUGAUUGUGGCUGGGGACUCCUUGGUUAACCUGAAGUGCUCCCUUUUGCUAGAGAGUUCUCCCUCGGUUGACAGCAGACGCUUUGUGGGCAUGGCAACUCAACUGGAGUACGAGGCCAAAGCCCACAUUGCACAGAAACUGUCUGUGAAGACUGCAGAUGUGACAGAGGUCAUCGUUUGGGGCAACAUCAGCGGCAGUUCCCAUGUUGACCUGCAGAGUGCGACGGUUUUCCAAUACGAAGAGGCCAUCUGGGGACCAUCAGACUUUUCUCAACCAGUCCUAGAGAUUAUAUAUGACAGGUAAUUUAACUGUUUGCCAAUACAUUAUUGCCAAAUUAUGUUUAUCAAUGAGUCUGUACUGUUCCUCUAGUCCAGAUCUGUUUGUGCUGUAUUGCCAACUCCUAUGGUCGUUGUCAUGCCAAAAUGUCCUUAGGAUUUGGCAAGACAGCACAGUCAGAUCUGGGACGAAGCUACUGUUCCUGUGCUAUUUAAUUAACAAAAAUAAAGGAGAGCCGCACACUCUAGGAGCUCAGAUGCAAAAAUUGUAUGUCCAACGUUUCGAUAGACAAGCUGUCUUCACCCGUGCUAUUUCAUACCUAUAUUCAACUACCGUAAAAUACCACUGCACUAAGUUUUGAUAAUAUACCUCCCUGUCAUCAAUGCUCUAGUUCUAACACACACAUAGUACACCCAAACUUCGAAUACCUUUUUUUUCCUCAAAGGAAAUGGCUACAGUCUGACUUCCUGAAUUUGGUCAGUUCCAAAUGUGCCACAGUAGCCUCCAAGUCCCAGAGGGCUACAGCCAUAUCAGCCACUAAUGGGAUCAUUGCAGUUCUAAAGGCCUGGAACUGCAACUCUUCUGCUAAGGAGGUCCUCUCCUUUUGCAUACUCAGCACAGGUAGGGUUAAAAGUCAACAUAGUGACAGUUGCAGGUAGGAGGGAAUAAUACUAGUCUGGUCCCAGAUCUGUUUGUGCAGACAUACCAACUCCUUUAGUCAUUGACAUGACUUAGCUAUAGAAAGACUGCAUCAUUAAGCCUGAUCCUAGAUCUGUUUGUGCUGUAACAUUAGCAUUGACAACAGCCAUAGGAUUUGGCUAUUACAGCACCUAAAGAUCUGGGACCAGGGUAUGUAGUAAUUUUAUAUGUUGUAUCAGCAUUUUAUAUAAUGUGUUUCAGGAUAAGUUUCAAUGUCACGUGCACAAGUAGAGUGAAAUUCCU